GGUUUAUAUUGUAUUAUUUGUAUUAUCUAUAUAUAAUAUAGAUCUUGGAUUUUGCUUCAAGAAUAGAAAUGGAAAUUACUUGGAUAAAAAUGUCUUUGUAUAAAAAUAAUAGUUAAAUAUUGAUAUGGUUUAAUUAUUUUAUUAGUCUUUAUAGAUUUACCAAAUUUACAAUUAGGUCCUUAUAUUUUUCCUUUCAAUUGGGUUUUUAUACUGCUUUCAAUUUUGUAAUUAGGUUUUCGGCUGUAUUAAUUUGAGUUCCUCACUUUGAUCAAACUAUAAAAUUUUAUCACUUUGCUGUCAAUGGUUAUUGUGAGAUUUUGUGGCAUUCUUCACACCAUACAUUAGUGCUAUAGCAUUUGAUUAUCCACUAAGUACUUUUAAGGCCACAUAAGUUGAAGACUUAUGUGCAUUGGAUAAUUAGAUCUUUGUUAUCGAGAAUCAUGUAAAAAAUACUUCAGUAGAAGUGAAACUUUCUUACUUAGAGAGUGCCAAGCUUUAUUUAUUUAUUUAUUUAUUUUUGCUAGGUAGUGCAUAGUUGAUACCUUGCUUUAGGGGAUGGACUCUAAAUUCUUGAGAGCCAAAGCAUCCAUGUUUUAAGUGUUAUUACAAAAAAAUUAAUGGUUGUUACAGCUAAAGGAAAUGUUAUAACACUUGCUGUAUUGGCAUCUUAAAACCACAUAUAUAUUAUAUAGAGAAUAUAUUAAAGUAAAUAUACUAUAGAAAAAAAGAGAUUAAAAUAACCUUAUAAAUUAUAUAUUAUAUAAUAAUGAACUAAUUAUGUAAUUUGUGACAGAAACAGCUAUUUGUUUAUGAAUCCGUCUCACUUUUGUUAUAAAACCUGUCUCCAAAGCAAGGUAUAUAUUUGAUUGGACUAGUUUGUGUAUGAUGAGACAAAUGCUACUACUUAUUUAUUAUUAAUAGUUGGUCACAUUUAAUUUGAGCUUUGAAACCAAUCUCCAAAACAGAGGUAACUGUGCAUUGUUUCAGUUGUCAUCAUCAGCCUUAUGGCUGGAAGUGGCAGGCGGAAGAGUAUUGAUUGUACUUUAUACAACGCUGCAAUCGAAGGCAAUUUCGAUGCAUUCAAUGAUGUCCAAAACAUUGAGCAUCUACUCACUCCAAACAAUAACACCAUCCUUCAUCUACACUUAACAUCUGCAAUCACUAUACCAGCUCAAACUGUUUCCCCACCCCAACCGUUGUUUUAUCUUCUAAACAAAAGAUCCGAAAGAUCAACUGUUUCGGAAGAUUUUGUGAAGAAGGUUCUGGAUAAAUGUGGAGGCCAGGUUCUAAUCGCCAACGCCAAGGGAGAAACUCCACUUCAUCUGGCAGCAAGGUACGGACAUUCGGGCGUAACAAAAUUGUUGAUAGAGAGUGCCAAGAGUUUUCAUGAUGACAUUGAAGCUGGGAGAAGAGCAGAGAAAGAGCUUAUGAGAGCAAAAUCCAAGACUGGUGACACUGCAUUGCAUGAGGCAGUGCGCCAUAACCACAUUGAAGUAGUCGACAUAUUGUUGAAUCUUGAUAAAUCUAUUAAUAAUGUUGCUAACAAUGAGAAUGAAACACCGCUCUAUAUAGCUUCAGAGAGAAAAUAUAAGAGAAUUGUGGAUAAGAUAUUAGUGAAAGUGGAAUCACCAGCAUAUGAAGGCCCCAACGAUCGAACAGCAUUGCACGCAGCUGUGAUUAACAGUGACAUAGGAAUGGUAAAAGACCUUAUGAAGAACGAACAUGUAAGAAGCGCCAUCAAACAUGCGGAUGGAAGAAAAGGUUGGAUUCCUCUUCAUUAUGCAGUAAAAGAUGGAAACACAGAUAUGACAACAUUAUUGCUGAAUGAAGAUAGGAACACAGACACAGCAUACAUGCAAGAUAAGGAAGGUAGAACUGCCUUUCACAUUGCAGCAUAUUUUGGGCACGAGGAAAUCGUGGACACAUUUGUAAAACACUACCAAGGUUGUUCAGAAAUAGUAGACAACAAAGGUUGGAACGUUCUUCAUUAUGCUGUGAAAGGAGGAUCUUCACAUAUAGUUGCUAAAAUAAUGAGAAAGUUGUCGUUGAGUCACCUUUAUAAUGAGAAGGAUAUUUAUGGAGAUACACCUCUCCAUCACCUUGCAAGUUCUCGGAUUCAGAGUAGGGAAUUGGUGUAUCAUAACCGAGUGGACAGACUUGCUUUGAACAAGAAUGACCAAACGGCCCUUGAUGUUGCUUAUGCUAUUGCUGAGGAUGCUGAUAGAGUAUUGACCAAAAAAAGGUUGAUAAUGCAAUUAGAAAAAGCUGGAGGUAUAGGAAGUCAACAUUUAGAUGAAAGGGAUAGACUAGGAAAGGGUACUAAAAAGUUAGAAUUCACGAAAGAAGCAAAGGAAUCACAUCUUAUAGUGGCCACUCUAAUUGCAACAGUGACAUUUGCAGCUGCAUUUACCUUACCCGGAGGUACAGAACAAGAUGGUGAUCAUAAGGGUAGUCCUAUAUUAGGACACAAACCUUCUUUCAAAGCAUUCAUUGUAUCCAACACCAUAUCUUUAGUUAUGGCUGCUUCUGCAGCUUUCAUACAUCUCUUUUCGCCGCUAAACAAAGCUAAGUGGUUGGACUAUUACUUCUCUGAAGUGGCAUUCUCCUUCACAUUGGUGGCUAUAGCAACAAUGAUUGUAGCAUUUGGAACAGGAACAUUUGCUGUUUUGGGAUCUUCUCCUGUUGGUAUUGCAGCUAUUAUUGUCGGAUUGUCGUUCUUCUUUGUCUUCAGGCAAGUGUUGCAAAUGAGUUUUGGAGGGGAAUCUUUUUUCACGUUUGUUAUGAACUUAGUGAAUGCAAUUAUUUUUCCGUUCAUUAGAUUUACACCUAGACCAUUUGGGUUCUUCAUACUUUUCUUCAAAAGAUCAGAUGAACCUAGAAUCAUAUAGUGUUUCUAGAUUUAUGUGUAAAGCACUUUAAUUAGUGGCUUUCAUUUUUCUCUUGGGGCUUGAAUUUGUUUGUUGCUUGCUCGCUUUGUAUAUUGUAUUAAGGCACUUUAAAAUUUGGUUUGUCUGCUAAUUAUUUUCGUGCUAUGAAAUAUUUUCGCUUUGUA